CGAAAUGACAUCCUCGAGCGAAGGCAUACCUCAGAUCAAAUUAGAACUUAAAAACGUUAUAGAAAACCUCAAAAUAUUCGAAAACACUUCACUAUUAGACAACCAGCAACUUGAAGAUCUAAAAAUUAAAACAGAACAACUUUUAACAAAUUUGGAACAUAAGCCCUUAGAAAAUAUUAAAAAAUCAUUAAAGAAAAGACAAAAGAGCAGAAAACACAAAAAAUUAAAACAAAAGCUGCUUCAACCCAAGAAACAGGAUUGGCUUAAUGAAGAUAUUAAACCGGAAACCCAUGGAGCAGAAUCUUUAAAAUCGCGUAUACAAACUUCAACUCUUGAACGCUCUACAAAAUACCAUCACCACUUGAAAAGCAUAUCCGAAUGCCAAAGAUUUUUAAAAACCUUUGAACUUUUGGAACAAUUACAUUUGGCACGUGGACAAGAUCCGAACAAAACACGAAAAUUUGCUAGUAAACUACAACAUCUGAGAUUAAUUUGGAACAGUUUGCUGCAGGAGAAACAAAGUGAAAGCUCUAACACUGAACAGAAAGUUCAAGAACAAUGGAAUCGUGUAUUCUUUGGUAAAACAGAGAAAACAUUUUUUGAAGGCAAAGUUAAUCAAAACUAUUUCAUAAGAAAAAGGCACAUCUGGGAUUCCUAUAUAGAUAACAAAUAUGGAACUUCAAUACCGAUUGGUUGGGUUUUGCCUCCUACUACUCCAACUAACGAAUGGUCUCAAUAUUUGCAGUAAUAAAAAUAUGUUGUUAAUGCAUUUGAAUUAAAAUAAAUAUACCAAGCUUGUAAGUCUUA